AUGGAGAUUUCACGUGUUAGUUUCGUUUUCCUUAUCUCGGCUUUCUCGUUGCUUCGGUAUUCGGACGUGGUGACAGGUGCGAUUCUCUCUAGACCUGAAUUAGUGUACCUAGAAGGGACAUGCGGAGAGAACGAGGUUUUCAGCCAGUGUCAGGCGAAUCAGGAUUGCGUAAAGAGUUGCGAUAAUCUGGAUAUAUGGGAGAGCGUGCCUUGUAUUCAGACGAAAAGUUGUUUAAGCGGUUGCAUCUGUGCCGAGGGAUAUGUACGAGACAAGAAUCAAGAUAUUUGCGUUAUGGAGAACAGCUGUCCAAGAGUCAGGCAUUAA